AGAGACCAGGCAGGAGCCGUUCCGGAAACAACUUCUUUAAUGUAAUGCGGGCCCGAGCCGGGCCCAGUUUGUGUUAAGUGUGUGUGUGUGUGUGUGUUUUUUCCUCUCCUUUAUGCAUCCUCCUGCUCGACUGAGCUUAACAACGGCUCGCUGUUUUCUCACCGGCUCGGUAACUAAUCUGUUUUUGGCUCAAAAAGGCGGCUGUGUGUCUCAGUUUCUUUCUUUUACUUUCUUUUUUUUUAUACGUGUCCAGCCCUCUUGCGACUCCCAGCACCAAGAACCGGCCUUGACGGAGGGAUUGAGUGAGUGACUGUAUGGACCGGACUGAACAUGAAGAGCCUCAAAGCCAAGUUUAGAAAAACUGAUGUCAAUGAGUGGAACAAAAACGACGAGCGCCUGCUUGCUGCAGUGGAGCAUGGCGAGGUGGAGAAGGUGGCAUCGCUUCUGGCCAAGAAAGGUGCCAGCGCUGUAAAGCUGGACAGCGAGGGAAAGUCGGCUCUUCAUGUGGCAGCUGCACGCGGUCAGACAGUCUGUCUAUCCAUCAUCCUGGCCCAUGGAGCUGACCUGACAAUCACUGAUGCUGCAGGUUUCAAUCCGUUACACUUGGCAGCCAAAAACAGUCACAUCGAGUGCUGUAAAAAGCUCAUUCAGAGUAAAUGCCCCAUCGAUGCUGUAGACAGCUCAGGAAGAGCUGCUCUGCAUCACGCUGCGUCCAGUGGGAACAUCCAGACCGUCCAACUUCUGUGUGAACUCAAAAGUCCCAUCAACCUAAAAGAUGCAGAUGGGCUUACCCCCUUGCUGUUGUCAGCCAAACAUGCUCAUGCUGAAGUAUGCAGCACUUUGCUGGACUGCGGUGCUGAAAUCAACACUUCUGACAACAGUGGCAGGACAGCCUUAAUGCUGGCCAGCGAGUCCAACGCUGUGUCCGUUGUUGAAGUCUUGGUUCAGAGAGGAGCAGAUCUGUCAGCUGUAGAUUCGCAAGGCCACGAUGUCUUACACUAUGCCAAGUUGUCGGGAAACACUGAGGUCAAAACUGCCCUAACUGCUGCCCUGAGCAGACAACAGGUCCCAGAUGCAAAGUCUCCUAGAAGUCCUCAGCAUGAUCAAGUAGCUAAGCUAAGUGAUGAACGGAUCACAACUCCCAAAAAACGAAAAGCACCUCCACCUCCUAUUAGCCCACUGCAGAGCUCUGGACCCUCUUCUCCCUCAGCUGUUACCUCCACUGGGACCCCUGCAUCCAACAAAAGUGAAACUCCCAGAAGAUUUAACUACAAGGAGGAUGAGGUUAGAGGAACGGCACUGAGAGAGGAGGUCGAGAAGCUCCAUGAGGAGAGAAACAUGUUGCUGGAGACAAUCGAAGACCUGAAGCAGACAGUGGAGCAGACGGUGACUUUCCCUGAAGUGGAUACAAAGGACUCCCUUGUAAAAGAGGUUGUGAAUCCCAAUGGGAAUAUUCCUGGUAAAAUAAAGGUCGAGCACAGUUUUCCAGCGUCCGCAGCUCUGGUUUCUGCACUGCAAGCCAAGAUUACUGCUCUUACUUUGGAGAACCAGCAACUUGCAGGCAAACUUAAGAAACAUCCGUCUCUCCAAGGAAGUGAGGACCUGAAGGAGACCAGUCGGCCAAACAGCAUGGCCUCCAACUCCUCCUUCCACUCCACCCAAGAUGAGUUUGAAUCACUGCCACAAGUCCCCUCCACCACCCAGGUGGAAAGGGAAGAUGCUUCAGGUGGUGUUUUUGUGAAACGGGUGGAAGAAGAGACUGAAGGAGGGAGAGGAGGGAGCAAAGAGGAGAUCGGACUGUUGAGAAUGGCGCUAGAGAACGUUCAGAUGAAACUACUAGAAACCAGGAAGGAAAACCGCUCGCUUCAGGCACAGCUGAAACCUGAGCAAGGCAGAGAAAGAGAGGAGUAUGAAACCGUGAGGGAGAAAGGAAGAGAGGAAGAGUUGAUGGAGAGUCUAGCAGAGCUUCAGGCAAAGCUGACGGACACUCAGGAGAGAUACCACCAAGCUGUGGAGGAGGUGGAGGAGCUGAGAACGCAGGUGGGAAGGGGAGGAGGUGAGCUGAUGGAGAAACAGGAGGUCCAGAGAUGUUUGUCAUCCACAGUUGAACAUGAAGUGAAACAGCUGAAGGCCCAGCUCGUCCAAUCGGGAUCUGAGCAAGAGAAAGCUGCUCAACGAAUCAGACAGCUGGAGGAGGUGCUGAGGAGGGUAGAGGAGGAAAGACGGAGUGUAAUGGAGAAAGAACAGAGGACUGCACAGAUUGAGGAGCUGUACAAGGAAGCACAGGAGGAGAUUAGGAUGCUCCAGGAGGCUCUGAGAGGCACAGUGCCAGUCGAAGCUGCAGCCAAAGACUUUGAAGAAAUGAAGGCUGAGCUCAACGAGGUAAUUGCUGGGCUGCAGCGCCGCUUGCUGGAACUCUCACACUCCUACAGUGAAACUAAGAAUCAGUUGAGUUCUGCACAGAAACAUCUGGCCGAGGCCCGAGCUGAGAGCAGUGCAGCCUCAUCUCCCUCCUCAGAACAACAACAGCAACAACAACAGGUCCAGGUGCUAAACAGCAAGGUGGAGGAGCUGCAGACGCUGUUAGCUGAGACAGAGAAGAAUUACUCUGGAGCUCAAGAGGAGAUUUCAAGGCUGAAGCGGGAGGCAGAAGCUCAGGCACAGAGCUCCGUGGCCCUUGCUGACCACACACAGGUGAUGUCAUCUCUGGGAAAUGCCAUCAAAGAGCUGGAAAGCCAGUCAGAGGCCCUGAAAGAGCAGUUACACCAGAAAACCAUGCAGGUGGAGGCUCUUCAGAACAGGCUGACGGCAGAGAAAGAUGUCACCCCAGAUGAUUCAGUCUCCCGUGUGGAGCACGAGACCGCCCGAGAGCAACUGGAGGGCGAGGUGAACCACCUGACGCAGCUCCUCCAGGGAGCCCUCAGGAAGCAAGACGAGAUGGCUCUGGAGGCUGCUGAUGCAUGGCAGAAGGCGCGGGAGAAUCGUGCAGAGCGGGAGGCCCUGCAGGAGCUGGUGAUGUCAAGGGAGAAGGAGAACCAGACGCUGACCUCCAGGUUGGCCGAGUCCCAGGAUGCUGUGUGUCAGCUCAAACAGCUGGUGGAGAAUCACGUUGCCUCAGAGAGAGAGAAAAACAAGAAGAUAGAUGACCUGUCACGGGAGGUGGGGAAGCUAAAGGACGCCUUAAACAGCCUAUCACAGCUCUCCUACACCUCAGGUUCUCCCUCCAAGAGACUGCAGCAAAAUCAGCAACUGGAGACAAUGCAGCAACAAAUCAAACAGCUACAGUACCAGCUAGCUGAGUCAAAGAAGCAGCAUAAUGAGAUUGUGUCCGUCUACAGGAUGCACCUCCUCUAUGCUGUCCAGGGUCAGAUGGACGAGGACGUUCAGAAAGCCUUGAAGCAGAUCCUGAUGAUGUGCAAGAUGCCAAGCCAAACCAAGGAGACCUGCUGAGAGACACUGGGCCUGGUUUCCCAAAAGCAUGUUGUGAAUAAAACUGAAGCGUUGCCGUCAGCUGCAUCCGCCACAGCAUGUCCUCCAGUCAGAAUUCACAUAUUGCUCGUACUGCUUACAAGCGAGGAACCGACACACCGUGCCUCUGGAUAAACCUUGAGUAUUGUUAAUGAUGAAUAGGUUUACAAUCAUAUAUUCAUUGCCUUUGCUAAUGUCACUUUGACCGACUGCGAUCUAAAGGUCAUCAGUGUUACACUGUUUUUGGGAAACCCCAGCCCGGCAUACAGAUACUGUACAUCAGCCAACUGACCAUUCAAACGAGUGUGCGAACCAGGUGGUUAUCAUCUGUGUACCAGCCAAACCUAUAAUCUCAAUAGAUGCACAUUAACACUACACGGUCAAUGUGCAGUAACUUUAAAUCACACGCAGUUGGACACGUGUGAUAAUACAAACAUACAUAUUAUGUGUGCAUUAAUCAGUCCAAUGAAAACAGGUUGAUGUGGUUUGUUCCUGUUACAAUGUGCGCUUAGAGAAAUAAAAGCCUCAGUUAGCGCUGCUGUUAAUAGUAUCUAUUUUAUGAUACAACAGUGUUUUUACUUGUUAAAUGUUUCAUGGUUGUCAACAUUUUUCUGAUACAAUCUAAAUUAUUUGUGCCCUCUUAACAAUACAUGUGACUUUGCUCGCCAGCCCAAAAAUCACAUAGAAAUGGGGUUGUUUUGUUUUUUCUGGCCGCACUUCUACGAAGAAAAUGCAUGAUACUGUUUGUAUUGCUAUUUUCCUAUUAGCACAAAAAUUAUAAAAAUGUAUUUUACUGAACUGUAUUAUCAUGUCAUGUUUUCUAAGUUACUGUAUGUUAAUGAAGAGGUUUGAUAGCUGUAUUUUUGAUGGCCUUGUUUUGUGUCCAUUUUGUGUGAAUGAGAUGCUUUUUCCUCGAGUAUAACAAGGCACUAUUUGGUCUAGUGACACCUGAAUUAGUUUAUUUCCCUGUCAUUAUUCAUGUUUUACAUAUAAGAGGUUGAAUAUAAUUGUUUACUGUCAUAAAAAAAAAACGACAUUUCAUUUCAAAUGUCAAACAGUAUGGUCUCAAUAUGUUUGUCUUUUGGACUCAGAGGAUAGUUAGGGGGUAAGAUUUUUAUUUCUUGCAUUUCCUUUCCUCUUGUCUCCAUUUAUGUUCUUACUUGAAAAGCAUGCAAAAUGUGUUGGCUGAAAGCAAAUGGUUGAGUUUUGUAACUAGAGUUCUCUCUGCUGUCACGUGCCUGUAAUCAGACUUUCAACUGAGCAUGACGGUCAAUAUCAGUAAUACUCUCUAUUGUCAUAGAUGCCAAUUUCACCAGGCUUCUUUCUACCAUUUUAUUAAUUUAUUUCAGUUACCAGAAAAAGUUUUCUCUUCGCAAUGCUCCCAUCUCUUUCACUGUGUCUUUGUAGGUACGGAUAUACACUGUACGGUGUUUGAGAAUACAUUUCUUCUUCAAAAUCUAGAGACUUCUGAACUGUUUUCACAUCACACUCCUUUGCCUUAGUACUGUAAUUAGAGCCAUAUGCUGUUAGAUAUCACCUUUCUUCUGAACAGUGUUAGAGAUUAUUGUGAGUACACCCAACACUAACCUUGUUUAACUGAAGUCAGAUUAAAUGAAUUUGUAUCUGACUGACUGAAGCUUGUUCUCACUCAGGAACUUUUUUACGGAACACUUCCACCUGACUGAGAUUUGUUCGACCCUGAGUAGAGCUCUUGCUUUAUUUCAUAGGUUGUAGAAUAUCAUAAACAACCUCUCUCUCUUUUUUCUCUGUAGGCCUUGACUGAAAUGUUUUGUAACAAGAAAGGGAAAAGAAAGAAACAACUUUCCUUCAGGUUGUUUCUUUACUAACAGUUUUGUAGUGACAUGAAAAAAAUGCUUGUUUGCCAACUGCUUUUUUGCCCACUUUAAUAAAUUUUCAAGAUACUGUA